AUGACUCCCUUCGAAGCUGUUUAUGGGACUCCUCCAAUUAGGCUUCAAGCCUACAUUCCUGGUUUAACUGCAAAUCAGUUUGUGGACCAAUUGUUGCAAACUCGAGAGCAAAUUUUGGCAACACUUAAGUCCAAUUUAUCUCUUGCUCAAGAUCGAAUGAAGCAGCAAUCUGUGGCAGUUAGGAGGAAUCUUAAGCUUUCAUCUCGCUAUUUUGGGCCAUUUCAGAUUACUCACAGAAUUAGCAAAGUGGCAUAUCAAUUAUGUUUGCCCUCAGAUUCCCUCUUGCAUCCUGUUUUUCAUGUUUCUGUGUUGAAGAAAAAAAUUGGAGACCAGCUCACACCCUUCUCUUCCCUACCUCCAGUUGACUUGCAAGGUGAGUUAAGGUCUCAACCUGAGAAAAUUUUGGAGCGCAGGAGUGUUAAGAGGGAUAACAGAGUUGUGGUAGAAGUCCUCAUCCAAUGGGAAGGUGCUGGAGUGGAAGACUCCACCUGGGAACCUUAUUGGAAGCUUCGGCAACAAUUUCCCCACCUUGUGGGCAAGGUGCUUUAA